CAUCUGCGUAAAAGUUGCUCAUGGCACCCAUUUCAGCGCGCAACGCCUCCACUUACGAGUUGCAGACGUCGCUACCUCCUCUUCCUGUGCCUUCCCUUCACGCAACGCUGGACAAGUACCUGCGCUCUCUAGAUCCUCUGGUCACAAAGGAGGAGCUUGAGCAGACCAGGAAGCUCGUGCAGGAGUUCGGGAAGCCUGGAGGUCAAGGUGAAGCUUUACAGGCGCAGCUGCUGCAACGGGCCAAAGAGGAACAAAACUGGGUGAGCUAAAAGAUAAUCCGUAAAGCGAAUGGACACUAACAGUGUGCUGGGGCUGUAGCUGGCAGAAUGGUGGGAACAAGUGGCUUAUCUCAGUGAUCCGACGCCCAACGCGCUGUUUGUCAACAUGGUAACCGGCUUUGGCUCUUUCCAAGACUUCGACCGACCUGUGUCUCAAGCCAGACGAGCUGCAGAGACGAUACGAUAUACGUGCGAGUACCUAGAGAGACUCAAGCGUCAGCUAGUGCCACCAGAGACGAUGGGUGGCCACGUUUUGUGUAUGAACAUGUUCCGCCGUCUCUUCUCCACUUGCCGCAUUCCGGACACGCCGACAGAUCGCUUCAAACGAGUCGACCCAGCCACAGUUCGCCACAUCACUGUGUUUUGUGAAGACAGAGUGUUCGUGCUGCGUGUAUACGACGCAGACGACGAGCUUCUGACAAUUGGAGAUUUGGAGGUGCAACUCCUGCAUAUCUUGCGGCACUCGGCGUAUUUGAACUCGCUUCCGGCUACCAAACGCGAUGUCGACCUGCCACAAUUUGUAGGGGCUUUGACAGCAAUGAGACGCGAUAAGUGGGCUGAGUCUCGCCAGGCCAUGGUGGCAUUUGACCCGUUGAACGAGCGAAGUCUUGAGAAGAUUGAAGCCAGUCUUUUCUCGCUGUGUCUUGAGUCCUCUACACCUGCCACGCCCUCGGAGUUAGCUCGGCAAUGUGCUGCUGCCAAUGCCGGCAAUCGCUGGUUUGACAAGAGUUUCCAGUAUCUCGUAUUCGCCAACGGAAUGGUAGGAGCCAACAUGGAACACGCUAAUGCAGACGCUACAGUGCUGCAGUCGAUGUUUCGGUGGCUGGGAGAACGCUAUUUGAAUCGAGAUGGCGGCUACGAGACGUUCAUUGAGAGUCGUCACCAGUCGCUGGAGUUCUUACCUCCUCCUGAGCUGCUGCGCUGGUGUUUACCCGAAGAAAUCACGCUCGACACUAUCCCAGCAGCCUUGGCAGAUUUCCAGCGCAACGGAAGUGCACUGCGCAUGGUAGUGGUGCGGAACAAGACGUUUGGCAAGACCAAACUGCGGGCGAUCAAACUGUUUCCCGAUACUUUCGUGCAAAUUGGAAUUCAGCUGGCGGGCUAUCGAGUCUUUGGCCGUGUAGUCCCAACGUACGAGAGCGGCCACACCCGAAUGUUCGUCGAAGGACGCACGGAGACCAUCCGAACGGUGACAAGUGAAGUACUCGCGUGGCUUAAAGUGCAGGACCAAUCUGGUGCGGAUGAAGCGGAGGUGGUCGACAAACUCAAGCGAGCGAUGAUUCGUCAUAAGGAGAUCUCACUCGAAGCGCUUUCAGGUAGUGGAAUCGACCGUCACUUACUGGGACUGCAGAUCGCUGCGAUGCAAACAACUGGCUCUCCUCCUGCAAUACUUACUGACCCUAGCUACGCUAAGAGUGGCGGGGGAGGUAACUUCGUGCUCUCGACGAGCAACGUGUCCGGUUACCCGUGGCUCUGGGGCGGGUUCGUGCCGAUGCUGCCCCACGGCAUCGGAAUCUGCUACGGUAGUGAAAACGAUUUCCUGUCGUUCAUGAUCACAUCGUUUGAUCCGAGUGACCGCGACCAGCAACUUCCGGGCCCACCAGGCGCACGACUCCCUCGAGUAACCGCAUCGGAAUUCCAGCGUGCGCUCUUCAAGGCGUUCGAAGACAUUUACGGACUCAUGGAACGCAACCAUGAGCCGGCAAGACCUGUUAGCAAAAUGUGA